UCCAGCACAUUGGAGAAAUCCAUCUAUUCAUUUACGGCAGAGGAGCAGUUCCCGAGGACAAUCAUGGAGUGGAAAAUGCUUCCCAUUUACUUACUGCUGCUGCUUUCUAUCUUCUUGGUUCAGCAAGUUUCAUCUCAAGAUUUAUCAAGCUGUGCAGGGAGAUGUGGGGAAGGGUAUUCUAGAGAUGCCACCUGCAACUGUGAUUAUAACUGUCAACACUACAUGGAGUGCUGCCCUGAUUUCAAGAGAGUCUGCACUGCGGAGCUUUCCUGUAAAGGCCGCUGCUUUGAGUCCUUUGAGAGAGGGAGGGAGUGUGACUGUGAUGCCCAGUGUAAGAAGUAUGGCAAGUGCUGCCCAGACUACGAGAGCUUCUGUGAAGAAGUGCAUAAAUCCACACCUCCAACAUCUUCAAAGACUGCACCUCGGCCUCCAGAAGCACGUCCAAACAUCAAAUCAACAACCAAACGUUCACCCAAAUCACCAGACAAGAAGAAGACUAAGAAAGUUGUAGAAUCAGAGGAAAUAACAGAAGUAAAAGACAACAAGAAGAAAAGAACUCCUAAAAAGACACCUCCCCCAGAACCACCAGCUGUAGAUGAACCUGGAAGUGGUCUGGACAAUGAGGAUUUCAAGCCCACCCCAACUCCUGAUGCUCCUACCACUAAAAGCAACAAAGUUACCACAUCUCCCAAGAGUACAACAGCAAAACCAACAAAUCCUAAACCCAGUCUUCCACCUAAUGCUGAUGCAUCUGAAGAGACAUCUUUGACAGCCAAGAAAGAGACAACAUCUGAAACUAAAGAGACUUCUAUAACAAAUAAACAAACUUCAGCUAGCACGAAAAAGGAGACUACUUCAGCUAAAGAGACACGCAAUACAGAGAAAACAUCUGCUAAAGAUUUAGCACCCACAACUCAAGUGCCUGGGAAACCUACACCCAAGGCUGAAACUACAACCAAAGCCCCCGCUACCACCACCCCCAAGGAGCCUGCACCCACCACCACCAAGAAGCCUGCACCCACUACCCCCAAGGAGCCUGCACCCACAACCACCAAGGAGCCUGCACCCACNACCCCCAAGGAGCCUGCACCCACCACCACCAGAGAACCACCACCCACUACCACCAAGGAGGCUGAACCCACUACACCCAAGGAGCCUUCACCCACUACCCCCAAGGAGCCUGCACCCACCACCACCAGAGAACCACCACCCACUACCACCAAGGAGCCUGAACCCACUACCCCCAAAGAGCCUGCACCCACCACCCCCAAGGAGCCUGAACUCACUACCCCCAAGGAGCCUGCACCCACCACCACCAAGGAGGCUGAACCCACUACCCCCAAGGAGCCUGAACUCACUUCCCCCAAGGAGCCUGAACCCACCACCCCCAAGAAGCCUCCACCCACCACCCCAAAGGAGCCUGCACCCACCACCCCCGAGGAGCCUGCACCCACCACCACCAAGGAACCUGCACCCACUACCCCCAAGGAACUUGCACCCACUACCCCCAAAGAACAGCCUUCCACCACUCCUGAGAAGCCUGCACCCACUUCCCCCAAGGAACCUGCACCCACUACCACCAAGGAGCCUGAACCCACUACCCCCAAAGAACAGCCUUCCACCACUCCUGAGAAGCCCGCACCCACUACCCCCAAGGAGCCUGCACCCACCACCCCCAAGGAGCCUGCACCUACCAGCCCCAAGGAGCCUGUACCCACCAGCCCCAAGGAUCCCGCAUCCACUACUCCCAAGGAACCAGCUCCAACUACUCCCCAGGACCCUGCACCCACUACCACCAGGGAGCCUGCUUCAACUACUCCUGAGACACCUGCUCCAACCACAUCUAGUCCAAGUACCACCACUGAGCCUCCCACUAUCCCAGAGAACCCUCCUGAAUCAACUCCUGAGUUCCCUGCAGAACCCACACCAAAGGAUCUUGAAAACAGUCCCACGGAGCCUGCUGAACCUACGAGUAAGACUCCAGAGGUGAGCAAAUCUGAAAUGACUACACCAACUAAAGACAAGACGACAGAAAAAGACACACGUCCUACCCCUGAAGCUACAACAGCGGCUCCUAAGAUGACGACAGAAGAGACCGCAGCCACAAAAGAAGAAACUACUGCGUCCCAAACAACAAGCACAACCCCACGAGUGACAUCCCAUGCGGCUCAAGAUGCCACAUGGCUCCGGGCGACCACUCCUAAAGCAACGACCCUGGCCCCCAAAGUCACUACCACAGCAAAGGAGACAACGAGCAUAGCCGAAGAGACCGCGCAAACACCUGAACAAACAGCUAAACCGACAGAUACGCCUGCUAAUUCUAAAGCCACAACUCCUAAACCCCGAAAGCCAACUAAAGCGCCCAAGAAGCCCACUUCUACCAGAAAACCAAGGCCAAGAAAGCCGAAGACAACACCAGCUCCUCCAGAGACGACGACGGCGAUGCCUGCGGUGAACCCGAUCUCUCGAGCAGAAACCACGCUCCAGACCACAGUCAGCCCUAAGCAGACUCCAAACUCGCUACAAGUAGAAGAAAAUCCAAGGAGCGAAGAUGCGCAGGGUCCUGGGGGAGAAAAACCUCACCUGAUUCCCAGGCCCCCUGUGUUAAUCCCUAUAGUUAUUCCAGGCAGUGAUUACAUAGUGAGAAGACCCAAUCAAGGCAUUAGCUUCGACCCUAUGCUUUCAGAUGAGACCAAUUUAUGCAACGGCAAGCCGGUAGAUGGACUGACUACUUUACGCAAUGGGACGCUAGUUGCAUUCCGAGGUCAUUAUUUCUGGAUGCUAAAUCCAUUCACUCCCCCAUCUCCAGCUCGUAGAAUUACUGAAGUUUGGGGUAUUCCUUCCCCCAUUGAUACUGUUUUUACGAGAUGCAACUGUGAAGGAAAAACUUUCUUCUUUAAGGAUUCUCAGUACUGGCGUUUCACCAACGAUGUAAAAGAUUCAGGGUAUCCCAAGCAAAUUGUGAAAGGAUUUAAUGGACUAACUGGAAAAAUAGUGGCAGCUCUUUCAAUAGCCAAAUUUAAGAACAGGCCUGAAUCUGUGUAUUUUUUCAAGAGAGGUGGCAGCGUUCAGCAGUAUACUUACAAACAGGAACCGGUCAGGAAGUGUCCUGGAAGAAGGCCUCCUAUAAAUUAUUCUGUGUAUGGAGACACAACACAGGUCAGGAGACGUCGCUUUGAACGGGCCAUAGGACCUUCUCAAACACACACUAUCACAAUCCACUAUACACCAGUCAGAGUUGCUUAUCAAGAUAAAGGUUUCCUUCAUAAUGAAUUGAAAGUGAGCACACUGUGGAGAGGACUUCCAAAUGUGGUCACCUCAGCUAUAUCACUGCCCAAUAUCAGAAAACCUGAUGGCUAUGAUUACUAUGCCUUUUCUAAGGACCAAUACUAUAACAUUGAUGUGCCUAGCAGAACAGCAAGAGCAAUUACUACUCGUUCUGGACAGACGCUAUCCAAAGUCUGGUAUAAUUGUCCUUAAACUGAUGGGCAAAGGAAGAGUCAACUAAUUCAAAUGAAGGAAAGAAUGAUAAACUUUGACACUGAAAUACAUUUUAUUAAUAAAGAUGUUGAGAUGAACAUACCAA